CCUUUAUCCUCCCCAUUACAUUUUCACAAUCCUCAAUCCUUCUUCUCCAAACCCAAAGAAUAUUCACAGAAAAUUGAAGCGAGGUAUACUAGCAUAGAAAACAUCAUGGAAGGCUUCGCGAAGACGUUUGUCGAUCUGGACUUUGUGCCUAUUGGCAUCUACUUGCGGUGGGACCAACAGACCAACAAGAAGAAGAUUGUAUUCAAGCCAAUGUGGGAGCGAACUACGCUGGGCACGUUCAAGGACUAUUUUAAUAUGGAGGACAAUGGCAUUGCAUUGGCGACAGGCGAGACCAGCGAUUUGAUAGCAGUUGAUUGUGAUGUCCCAAAAGACAAUGGUCGAUCUAAUAGUAUUGAGGAUGGCCUGGGUGCCUUUGAGGACAUAUCAAGAAACACGGACUCCCUGAGAACACGCCCAUCCAGCAGAGUGCAAGCGGAGGGACGCACUACUUCUUCAACAGUGCUAGGAACUGCACAAAAUUACGAAUAAAUAACGCGCCUAUGAGCAUUGACGCACGUGGAGAUGGCGGAUGCAUCAUUGUUGGUCCUAGCUAUGUUGACC